CUGCCUCAAAGGAAUACAAAUAACAGUUUGGGAGGGGGCGUUUCUUUGCAAGAAGACAGUACUUUAUUUUCCAUUAUUAUGGAAAUUGAGAUACCUAAAAUGCCUACAUGUCAACAGGUAAAUGGACACGGACCUGAUCGACAUCUUAUGGAGGCAGGACAUCGACCUGGGGGCGCGGCGCGAGGUGUUCGACUACAGCUACAGGCAGAAGGAGCGCGAGCUGCGGAGGCAGCGCGAGGCGGAGGAGGAGAAGAGGCAGGAGCUGGCGAGGCAGCAGGAGAAGGCCCUGCUGGCCCAGCUGCAGCUGGACGAGGAGACGGGAGAGUUUGUGCCUCGCCCUCCCCCCCCGGCGCUCGGCCCCGCGCGGGACGCCGGCGAGCCCUCUGAGAUUACGCAGAAUGUUGGUUUUACAGAAGACAACGGUGAUGCAAUGUCCUUUGAUGAAUGUAUGCAGCUGCUGGCAGAGACCUUCCCUCUGGUAGAGAACUCUGAGCCAAGCCCCGCCGGCCUGGACACAGCCUUGGUUCCAGCCCCCACCAGCGGCCACAUAAUGAUGGCCCCAGAACCUCCACGUGCGGCCCGGACCCCAGCCCACCCAGACCCCCUGCCCCCACAGAGAACCUCCCCAGACCUGGAGCAGGCCUGGAUUGAGCUAUUGUCCCUCCCUGAGCUGCAGCAGUGCCUGAACAUGCAAAUGGAGGACACCUUGCUGGACACGUCAGGGUACCUGCCCGCCAGCAGCCCUCCGUCACACAGCCCCGCCUACAGCUUCUACCCCCUGCCCCAGCACACGGACGACAGCCCCGGCGCGGCCCACGCCUGCCCCCGGGACUUCGUCCACAGCUUCGAGGGGGCCUUCCCGACGGGGGCCCCCCCAGACCACCUGGGCCAGAUGACCCUGGAAGCCCCAGAGAUAAACACCACCUUCAGCACAGACGGCUUCUGUGACGUCUUCUACCCGGGCCUCGCCCCCGGCGAGAUGAGCAGCGACGCCCAGGUCCACGACCAGGCCGAGGGAGACGGCGCCUUGGCCGACCCCGCCCACAAGCCACCCUUUAAACCGAUGGACACACAGAGCCUGUCUCCUGGGGAGAUGUUUGACAGAGGGGAACUCGAAGCCAUGACCGAAUGCCCCGAUUCGGAUUCGGGAGUGUCGUUUAACACGAGCCCCAACGCCAGCUCCCCCGAAAAAUCGGUGUACGGGGACGGUUCGUACGGCUUCAGCGACUCGGAUAUGGAGGAGAUGGACAGCAACCCCGGAAGUGCCGAAUCCGACUACUCGGAGAUGUUCUCCCUGAACUACCAACCGGACGGCUUCAAACAGCCCCUCUCGGCGUCGGACCCCGCCGCCCAGAAGCGGGGGAAGAAACACCGGCCGAACAAGACGGAGCCGGACGAGGAGGCGGGUCACAGCAGCCACCCCUUCACCAAGGACAAGCCCAAGAAGCGCUCGGAGAAGCGUCUCUCCAGAGACGAGCAGAAGGCCAAGGCCCUGCAGAUCCCCUUCACCGUGGACACGGUCAUCAACCUGCCCGUGGACGACUUCAACGAGAUGAUGUCCAAGCACCAGCUCAACGAGGCCCAGCUGGCCCUGGUGCGGGACAUCCGGCGGCGGGGGAAGAACAAGGUGGCGGCGCAGAACUGCCGCAAGCGCAAGAUGGAGAACAUCGUGGGGCUGGAGUACGACCUGGACUCCCUGAAGGAGGAGAAGGAGCGUCAGCUGGAGGAGAAGCGGCGGAACGCAGGCAGCCUGAGGGAGGCCAAGCGGCAGCUCAGCACCCUGUACCUGGAGGUGUUCAGCCUGCUGAGAGACGAGGAGGGCUGCUCCUACUCCCCGGCCGACUACUCCUUGCAGCAGACCACCGACGGCAGCGUAUUCCUCGUGCCUCGCGUCAAAAAGACACUCAAGAGCGGUCCCAAUUAGCACCGAUCGGCUUCAUUACGUGGUACAGCGUUAUCAUAGUAGUAACUCUAUGCAAGGAUAACUUUGUAGACGCUUGGCUUUUUAGAAGAGCAGAACUAUUAUAGCAGAACUAUUAUAUAGUUUUUGCUCGCUCUCUGGAUCUCUAUUGACACAUUUUGAUAUUUUAUUUCUUUUGUACUGCUCUCUAUUUUCCUCAGAGAUUCUUUUACUGACAUUCUUUGUAAAUAUUCACCUUGUUUGCUAUCGAGAUAUGAAAAUGUAUUGUAUAUAUAUCACGUUUUAGUAUGCUACAAAUUUUGUUGCAAUCACUGUUACUUAAAUCUAUUUUAUAAACUGUACUUUUUGAUUUGCAGUUCCAUCUUUUUUUAUCUCCUGGCUCUCUCGUGCUUUAUAAUAAACUAUUCGUAUAGAC